GUCAAUCACUGACGCUUUACGUCCUACGUCAUCACUAAGCGACACGGAAGCACUGUUAUGCACGUCCUUCACGUUACUCCAAAGUGUUAUGUAUAAACUUCUCACUAAAGUCGUGAGUUUGUGGUUAAAUAACAGUGCUGUGGCUAAUUUCGAGUUCCAUGGAGUGACAGACGCUUAAAUCACACGUUUUUGGGAGGAAUAAAUCUUUGUGGAGCUAAAACACUUGAAUUCGGUUUAAUCAGCCAUGUCAGCUCCAAACUCUUCAGAACGGAAGGCAUGCUGGGGUGCCAGGGAUUUGCUGUGGAAGUGUCUGGAUGAUAAUAAUGACAAUGCUGAAUCCUGCCAAAGGUUCCAGAGCGAGUUUGAGGCUAAUUGCCCCGCUCAGUGGGUGAAAUAUUUCACAAAGAGGAGAGACUUCCUGAAAUACAAAGAGAAGAUGGAGACGGAAGGCUUCACACCUGCCGAAGGUCCUCAACAGCCAUCAUAAGAAAUGGACAGCAGACACUCUUAAAGCUGCAGAAAAACUGACUAUAUGCCUUCAUCAGACCAGGGCCAGAGGUGCACACUAUGGAGAAGUGAUUCACAACUUGUUCUGUGGACUGAAUACUUGAAUGGACCACCAUCGUUAUUUAUUUCACAGAGAUAGAAGCUGCACAGAGAGAGCAUUUAUAUAGCAGCUUUAAAUGGCAGCAUGACGCACAUGUUUGAAAGUGUUUUGAUGUGGCGUCGGCUCAUGUGAAGCAGCUGAGCUGGUCUGAUGUGUUCAAAUGAAAUCUUGAUGGGACUUCACCUGGAUAUAUCAUAAUAUUUAAUUGAAAGCAAAUGUCAGUAACUUCAUUUAAAAUUGGAAUACUCAAUCAGUUCAGAUGUACACAUAUCCACAAAUAAAGAAACAAAACUUGGCUUAGGUGUGUGGCAACAUGAUCCAAGAUUAAUUUAUUCCUCCACGCUAUAUCAACCACUGUAGAGGGUGCAGUGUUGUUACCUCUGCUAUAUGGUUUGAAUUAACUUUUGCACUGAUACCACU